AUGUCGACGACCGAUGCAUCCAAACCCGCAAGCGGGAGUGGACAGAACGUCAAGAACUGCAACAAUGACCAACUCCUAGUCGCCGGUACGGGUCACGAAAGAAGCGGUGAUCAGUCGCCGGAUCAUGACAAAAGAUGCGGAAUAGUCUUCGUAGAGGACGGAGAUGAACAGCUACGUAAGGAAACCCCAUUCCAGAAAGGCGAGGAUGCCCGUGAGAGUGUUGCCACUAAUGAUGCGCCUGUGUAUCGGCGCGCACGAGGCACGUACCACAAUAAAGUGGUCGUUCGUCUCAGUGCGAGAAGGAUGAAAUGGAACGGAAGGGGAGGGACAGAGGAUGGCGUGAUAACAAGAAGCACACGCAGAUGCGGCGAAGCAUGCACAUCACUUGGAUGUGACCAAGUGCCUCGAGCUGCCCUGCGGUCUUGUGUCGUAUCGUGUCCUCACAUCAUCCGGAUCCAGUCGGUAUCCGAUCUUCAUCGUCAGGGUUUCCUACUCGUCGAUGCAUAG